CUUGGGUGCUAAGAGCUGUUUAAUCAGUUCAUCAAUUUCUAUUUUAAGGUUUUCUGAGUAAAGUUUUAAAUAGGUUUUUCUUCUCUCAAAGUAAGGAAGUGGAUGGUGCUUUUGUCCUUUAAAAUCCAAAAAUCUAGUUUCCAAUUGUUGAAAGAAGAUUCUUAUGGGCAUGAUGGUGCUUUUAGCAUUAUUAGAGAUCGAGGUUGAAACUUAUUUUUCAUUUGUCUAAUAUCAUGGAGGAGUUGAUUUAUGUAUAGAAAUUGAUAUAAUUAACUAGUAACCCUCCAGAAAUCUAAGACAUGAAUUUCUAUAUUAUCAACUGUCUUCCUAGACAAUUGACUAAAUCACAGGCAAAGGGUUGCCUUCUUGUGGGAGACAGAGCUGUAUUUAGUUGAUGAAUCAUAUUGCUUAUAACUCUUGACAAGUGCAUGUAUUUUCAAUCUGAAUGCUCUGAUUUCAGAGAUGGGAACAUGGAAUGGCUUCAUUUGCGAAUGGUCCUUUUCAUGGAGGAGGAGACUUUGGGACUAGGAAAAGGUAAAGAUCACAGUAAGGUGUAUUGGACAAAUGGGAAGAACAUUGCAGGAUGUUAUCUCGGAUUGGAUUGGGAAAUUAAACAACAGAGAAAUUGUUUUUUAAAUCUUGCUGCAGGUCGAACUAGGAUGCCAUUGAAUCUUGCUGAGAUGAUAACUGUUGGAACACAUGUUUGCAAGGUGGAUUCGUGUUUGUGUUUUAUAAAUCUUCCAAGAACUAAUGAAGUUUUUGGAAACAAUUUUAUGCUGAUAUAAGAUAGAGAACAGCUAAAACUACUGUCCGACAGGUAAACAGCGGAGUAGUAUAAACAUUUAUGGGAAUUUGUAGUCCUCUUGAAAGUCACAGCUGCUCAGCUACCUUCUGUGGUUGUUACUUUGUUUCGAUUCUAAUCUGUCUGGAAUUUGAUUUUCUAUGGCGUUCUCAUUCAUGAUUAUGCACAGGCUAUGUCUGGCCUGAAGCUUCACAAAUGCCUGCUCUAACUAGCCUUUAAUUACUGUGUAAUAACAAAACCUCUGCUGUCUUAUAAGAGGUGGAAUCAGUUACCUCUAAACAUCACUGGUGAUAGAUCAUUUGACAAGCUUUUAAUUUAUAUAAUAUUUAUGAACAAUUUGUAAAGUGGAUUCCUCUCUACGCCUUCUGGAAAAAAUGUAAGGUUAAUCAUAAAUGUUAAAUGAUAUAUUUUUUUUUAAUUUCUCUGUUGUGUCCCUA